AUGCAUAAUGUACUCCUAGGGGUCUUCAAAACUAUGAUGAAGAUCUGGAUUGAAGGAAGAGAUCAUGCAUACAAGUUCUCAACCGAGCAAAAGGCCGAAGUUAAUCGAAGAUUGAAAUGGAUCAAACCUCAACUCUGCUCAGAUUUUCAAAGGAAGCCUAGAACGAUCGAAGAAUUUUCGAGAUUCAAGGCAACCGAAUUUCGUCAGUUGUUGCUGUAUACAGGACCACUCAUUUUCAAAAAUGUCAUGGACGAACCAUUUUAUGGCCAUUUCUUGAAACUAAGUGUGGCCAUACGCAUUCUAUGCCACCCGGUCCUUUAUAUAGCCAACAACGACGUUGCUUCGAACUUAUUAGAAGCCUUCGCAAUUGAGUUCAUACAGCUAUAUGGUGUGAGUUAUUUUGUACACAAUUUCCACGUCAUAACACAUCUAGCAAAAGAUGCUCUCGACCAUGGACCUUUGGACGACUUUUCGGCUUUUCCUUUCGAAAGCUACUUACAACAAAUGCUGAAAUCAAUCAAAGAUGCGCCAAAUCCGCUUUUGCAGUUUAAAAACCGUUUAGGCGAGCAAAUGAAAUAUUCGUCGACCAAAACUGCAACCGUUUCGAAAAAGAGGGCCAAGCAUUCCGUCGUUACUGAGAGACAUGUUACAAUAACAGAUUUUGGGAACGAUUGCUAUGUGCAUUUCGAGAGAAAAGUAUUGAUGGUUAAAGAAAUACGACAAAACACAAAUGAAUUAGUCUGUGCUGAAGUGAAAGAUCUUAUCCAUUUCUUCACUGAACCGUUGCAAUCAAAGGGUAUCGGAAUGUAUUGUUCGGAUAAGCGCGUAAUAAGCGAAGAUCGGUACAUUGUACCUGCAAACAUGGCCCUGAAAAUCCAAGCUUUGGAACUAGACUCGCUUUUUACUUAUACUCUUAUUCUCCAUUCUGAUUUUUGAAAAUAUUUAUGUAUUAGGUAAUUUAAGAUUAGAAUACUUGAAAAGAACAAAUUUUAAAUUACAAAAUUUCAUUUUCAGAAAUGUCUUUCCAAGAACAUUUAAAAACUGCUUCGAGUAAGUUUUGAUAUAAUUUUUUAUUCGUAUACCUACUAACAAAAGUUAUUUAAACAGGCCUUAAUCAUGCUAUCCAGUACGAUCAUUAUGAACACCUGGUAGCUGUGCAUAAGGAGGCCGGAAGCAUACCUAAAAGAAGCAAAAUCAAACAAUAUAGUCAAUAUAACGAUGAUAGUACUCCUAAUGCAAGGUACAAAAUUGAAUUCGCCCAAAUCAGAGAAGCCAACGAAGGUAACUUAGAAAUAAAAUAAUGCCAAGUUCAUACGGAAGCUAAAAAAAAUUCUUAAAUUUUAAACAGCUCUGAGCCAACCUGCAACUGUCCAAGAUCAUCUGCGAGUAGCUUCUCAUAAAAAAGUGCGUUUGAGCAAAGGUUAUGUAUUGAGUAUUUCGAAAAUAGAUUGUGUUUGCUAAAAUAAUUUUUUCUAGCUUCUGCAAAGUUAUUGGAAAACCUCGCUCCAUGCCAUGGAAAGGCCAAUGAAUCUGUAUCAAAACAGGCGCCUCUCACCGCCAGAGGUAAGUUGAAUACAUUUAUUGAAAUACUUAAAAAUUAAUGAAUAUUUUGUUGAAGAUAUCACAAAUAAAGGUCCAUCAACUGUAUUCAUUGGACCGGGUAAGGCUGUUCGCGAUAUAUCAGGUAAAUGAAAAAAAAAUGCUUUAGAACUUUUAAAUAAAUUACAAACGUUAUUAUAGAUAUCACAAUGCAAUCUCCUAACUAAUCUCCUAAGCCUACCUCGGGUUCAGAUAUUAUUUACAAAGAGUUGCCCAGACCGGGAAAGGCUAUCCGCAAACGAGGAAUUGAAGAAGGUACCUAGAAUGUUUUUGAUAUGUAUUUUAAUAAUUGUUCAGAAAUUUAUUUUUAAAUUAUGUUUUUUUUGUAUUAAUUUUAUAUUAUUUCAGAGAUUGAAGCGUUUGCUGGCGAACCAAUUCAACAUCACACAACAUCUCCGUCCCAGAUUGAAUUUAUGCGGAAACUUAUUGAGAUUGAAAACAAAAUAGACUCCUUGCUGCUAAUGCAAGCUGCUUGCAAGCGGCUUCAUGUUGAACAGCGACAGGAGCUCGCAAAAGUGAACGAGGCACUAUUUAAGAACAUGCUCAUAGAGCCAACCAUCUCUCAAAUAACGUUUCCGAUUCCUAGCCAAAGUGUGUUGGAAAAGAUGAAAGAAUUGGCACGUUCGGAAGAAGGCAAUUCCUUAUUCAGGCAGAAAUUUCGGCAGUACCCAACCACGGCCACCACCACCUUUUUAAAAACAUUUGUGCGCCAAAUAUCUAGCAAUGCAGAUUAUCAUACUUGGUCUGGCAAAUCAAGUCACAAUUGUGGCACAGUGAUUAUGCCAAAGUGUGCCAGUGGAUAUGAAAUUGUCA